AUGGAGCAGCAGGUCAUUGCGGUGCACUACCAGCGGAUGGAGGAAUGGCUGGGGGACCGAAAGGCGGUGCUGGGGAAGAAGCAUAAGAAGGAGUUUGCACGCCUCAUGGAGCUGGCGCCCAGGCUGGAGCAGUGGGUGCGAUACGACAUUCCGGCGCAGCACAAGCAGCAGAAGCGGCUUUCAAGUGCGCUGGACGACGCCCAUCGGGCCAUCGAAGAUGCCACCAAAACGCGACGGAAUCUUGAGGAGCGAGAGAAACAAUUUGUUCAGGAGUAUGGUCUCGAAGAGGCUCUGGCUGCGGUGAAAGAAGAUCUUGAGUCAGCUGUUGACGCAAUGAUAGCCGCCAGCACAAUUCGCCUCAACGAGGCGCUUAGGGAAUUUGGUAGAAGCACCCAUUUUGCGGCUCUUCGCGAGGCUUACGUUCGUGUUGUACAGAUGCAUUCAAUGGAAAUGUGCAGCGAUGACGUCUUUUUAGUACACUUUCCCUGGUUGGACAGAAUUUACCAGGAGAGGUCGUACAAUUUGGCGGCGGAGCUACAUCAUGAUGAACAGCAGCAGCAGCAGCAGGAGGAGGAAAAAAAUGAGGCAACUGUGGGGCCUAGCAAUAUUGAUUGGGGCGAUGUGGACACCACUGAGCCGCUUGACAUUGACGCGGCGAUAGAAAUGAAAUGGGAUGGAGAAGUCCUUUCCAUAGUUGCAAUGGGUGAGACGGAUGCCGCUCACGGCAUUGGUGGAAAUAGUGGCACCACGGAGGAUUGCUACAAGGAAAAAAUGACGGGGAAGGUGGAGGGAGUGGCUUACACCAGCAUCUCCAAUUCCACCUAUCGUCACAAUCUAUUGACUGAGCUGCAGGCGCUACUUUGUUUUGCCGAGGAACGAGCUUUUAUGGACGAUGAUUCACUUGCCCACGAUGGUAUGGCACUUGGCUUACUUAUUAAGCGGCUAACAACAUCAACGGAGGCAGCUUUC